AUGCGUGGUGUCUGCCUUGUGUUAGUCAACACGAUGAUUACGGUUGGCCAGUGGCUCAACUCUGCAACUGUAUUAGCGAGCGGCCACUACAAGAACGACCUCUCCUGGAGGAUCCCCCUGAUCACUCAGCUCAUUCCUCCCGGACUGCUUCUUUGCGGUUUGGCUUUCUUGCCUGAGUCUCCAAGUUGGCUCCUCAUCAAGGGCCGCCCCGAAGAGGCUGCUGAGUCAUACCUGCGAUUCAACGGCCCCAACUUUGAUUUAGACGCCGUUAUGACUGUAGCUACAGUUGCUAUUGCCAAGGAGCAAAAGAUGAAGAAGGAACAGGAGUCAGCUCGUUGGAUCGAUUGCUUCACAGGAACUAACCGUCGCCGGACCCUCAUUAUCGUGAUGGUUUAUCUUUCGCAGCAAGCUAUUGGUGUCAACUUUGUUUCAGGGUACUAUUUCCGUUUGGCCGGUGUAAACAACCCUCUUGCGAUCGGCCAAGCAGCAUAUGCGAUUCAAUUCAUUGGAAACAUGCCGUCUUGGCCCCGUGUCGGCCGAUAUGGAAGGCGACCCUUGAUCGUCGGCGGUGUCUUCUCGAUGACGGCUCUUUUGCUACUCAUCGGUGGCAUCAGCACUAUCGGCAACCAGGCAUCUCUAUCGGCAACUGUGGCUUUCAUGGUUAUCUGGGUCUUUAUGUACCAAGCAACCCUUGGUGCCGUGGCGUACUCCGUUGGGGGAGAAACAGCCAGGUGA